AAGGCAAAGGUAAAUCUAACACAUGCUAGCAAGUUUAUUUUAGUCUACUUAAUAUGUAACCCCAUAUAAUAAUUUUAUAAUCUAUUUAAUUAUACUGUCAAUGGGUUGUCUACUGUGCAAGAACUUAACUUUUUCUUAUUUUGUGCUAAAAAUUUUAUACAGAAAGUUAAUUUAGAGUUACUAACUGAAAUAACGUCAUUCAUAAACUGCAUACAGAACUGUCAUGUCAGCCAAAUAUAACCUAGUUCUGAAAUUAUUAUACAUCUUAUAAAUAUAUAGAUAAAUAAAAUAGUGUGACCACUUCCUAGUCUGGAAAUAAUUUCUACCUAGUCUGUGCAUCUGGAGUAAGCUGCUACCUGUAGUAUGGCAAUUAAAAAACUGCAAAUGUCAUUAACCUACCUACCUAGUGAGACAGUAUUGAUUUUUGAAGGUCAUGUCUCACAUUAACGACUUGAUAGGCGUAUUGAGAGGUCUUCGGUUAGUGGUGGAAGCGGGGGUCAAGGCACAGGCUGAAGCAUCUACCCUAAUAUGGAACACCUCUAGCUUAAAGCCAUUGCUGUCCAACUGCCCGACUAACCCAUUAGCCAUGAACCCCAACCCACCAUCCGCUAAAGAGUUAAUGGAGAGGGCGUUUGUAGUCGCACAUGGCUUUAGACAGUUUGCGGCUAUGCAUGUCCCAAAUGUGAAUGCCUCUACAGCAAGCCCUGAGAUGGAUCAACAGAUGAAAGACGAAAUUGACGAGCUGAACAGGGAGUUCAACAGGACAUUUGAUACUUUGAAAAAAGUUCAGACAAUGGAAAACUCAGCUGCGGUUUCUGCCAAAACCAAUGAAUUCCGGCAGGAUAAAGUACAGAUAAUGGCACCUAUUGAGGAUUUACAAUUGAAAGAAGACAAAGAAAAGAGGGCUGAUGAUAUUCUUCUGGCUGUUACUUCUGCUGAAUCUGCGGCAGAUGUGCCUAGUCCCAGGCCAAAGAGUCAAGCUGGCCUUGCAUCGCCGACGCCUGUGUCCCAAUCUGUGUCCGCAUCGCCGAAGCCUGUGGCUAAGAAAAAGAUUAGAGUUGCUCUAAGCGAGAAUUCGAAAGCCCGCGUUGUGCCUUCUUCCCGCCUCGGCCGUAUGUUUUCAUUUGGAUCGCUGGCAGCGGGACUUGGGGUAGGGACAGUUGCUCAAUACGCUCGGAACACGUUCCAGCAGGUGACUGGUAACGUUGACGAGUCCGCCAACUCGUUCCUGUCUCCGGCAAACGCGGAGAGGAUCGUCGAUACGCUUUGUAAAGUCAGAGGUGCUGCUCUAAAGCUUGGCCAACUGCUAAGCAUUCAAGAUGACUCGAUGAUAUCUCCAGAGCUGCAGCGUAUUUUCCAACGCGUGCGCCAGUCUGCCGACUUCAUGCCGUCGUGGCAGGUGGAAAAGGUCAUGAGUUCACAACUUGGGCCCGAGUGGAGGCACAGGGUCGCGAGCUUCGAGGACAAGCCAUUUGCUGCUGCCUCUAUUGGUCAAGUCCACCUGGCUGUGCUACACGACGGCAAGGAGGUAGCAGUCAAGGUCCAGUACCCAGGCGUCGCUAAAGGGAUCAACAGCGAUAUCGACAACCUCGUGGGAGUUAUGAAGGUAUGGAACAUGUUUCCCAAAGGGAUGUUCAUAGACAACAUAGUGGAGGUUGCUAAGAAAGAGCUGUCAUGGGAAGUGGACUACAUACGUGAAGCCGAAUGCACCAAGAAGUUCAAGAAACUGCUCGCUCCCUACCCGGAGUACUUCGUGCCUGAUGUUAUUGACGAGUUAUGUGCCCCAGAGGUAAUAACAACUGAACUGAUUGACGGAGUGCCGCUAGACAAACUGUUUGACGCAGCGUACGAAGUUCGCGUUGAUAUAGCCUACAAGAUCAUGCAGUUGUGCCUCCGAGAAAUGUUUGUACUGCGGUGCAUGCAAACUGACCCCAACUGGGCCAAUUUCUUCUACAACCCGACUACUAAACAGGUGAUUCUACUGGACUUCGGAGCCACCCGGGAGUACUCGAAAGAGUUUAUGGACCAGUACAUUGAGAUCAUUCACGCGGCGUCUCUGGGUGACAGGGAUGCUAUACUGCGGAUGUCAAAGGAGAUGAAGUUCCUGACUGGUUAUGAAUCUAAGAUGAUGGAACAGACGCACGUGGACACGGUGAUGAUCAUGGGCGAGGUGUUCACGGGCGGAGGCGGCGGCUUCGACUUCGGCACGCAGCAGACCACGCGCCGCAUCCACGCGCUCGUGCCCACCAUCCUCGCGCAGCGCCUGUGUCCGCCGCCCGAGGAGAUCUACUCGCUGCACCGCAAGCUGUCCGGCGUCUUCCUGCUCUGCGCCAAGCUGCGCGUCAAGCUGGACUGCACCGCCAUGUUCCAGGAGAUCUACCAGCAGUACAAGACCGACAGCUUCAGAUAGACCUUAGCGUCCGUGGCUCAGGCGUGGUCCCACUUCACCUACACGGUCUUCAACGGCGACUUCAUCUCUAACUUCAAGUAAUUCAUCGUACAUGUUUUCUAUAAGUGUGUGCUAACCUCAAAGUGCCUCUGUGCCGCUCAAAUACAUUUUGUGAGUGUCUGCGUUCAGUUGAGAUUAUGUGCCCUCAAACUUUUGAAAGGGACACCCGCAUAAUGUGACAGGUUAAGAAAAAUAUUGGGUAAGUGAUGUGUAUGAACAUUGAAGCUACAAUGUAAAUGCAUUUUAUAAAAUGGAGGAACCCAAAGGCCCAAGGCCGGGCGUUACAGGGCUAAUUUGGUCGUAAGUUAGAGUACCUGGGUGGGUUUUAGGCUACGUUCAGAUGAAAAACGCACAACACACGUUUACAACUACAUACAUUUUAUUGAUUCUGUACACAUUUUGUACUAUACUGUACACACUGUACGCCUGUGCCCAGCAGUGGGACGAUAAAAAGGUUGUAACAGUAUUAUAUUAAUAGUCUAUUUCAUAGCCAUAUUUUUUACAUAAAGAAUUUCGAAUAUCGAUAUUGAAACACACGAUGCAAAGCUCCGCGCAUCACAGGACAUCACUACUAUAGUCUGUUUUUUAAUCUCGUAAACUAAAUUGACACUUGCAAAAUGUCAAACUUCCAAAUAAUUUUGCUAGCUCUGUGGUGCAGUGUUGUACUUACGAUAACGGUUCGUUGAAUCUUAACUUUUUAUCUAUUAUAGACGAAUUUAAUAUUCAUUCAAAGUUUUAUAUUUAAAAUUCACGUACGUACACAUGGCUGUACGACGUGCUACAAACUGCCAGGGAUAUCUGACCACGCAAAGAAAUGCGUAAUCGCGUCUAUUAUAGAUAAAAAGUUACGAUUCAACGAAUCGGUAUCGUAAGUACAACACUGCACCACAGAGCUAGCAAAAUUAUUUGGAAGUUUGACAUUUUGCAAGUGUCAAUUUAGUCUACGAGAUUAAAAAACAGACUAUAACUUUAAUUAUUUUAAUUAUGGUAUUUGUGAUAAAACUAAAACUUGAAUACAAUGUCUUCAUCAGACUCGGAUGAUGAUUGUUACGGAAAUAUAGCACAAAAACUACAGUCAAUAAAAAACAGCUUUAUAAAAGAGAGAGAUGAAACUGAUUUCAUUAAAAAACGCGUUUUUGGUACUUUAGGAGGGGUAUAUCUCUAAAUCCCUACGUGCUAGUGCAACUUUAUGUUCUGGACUUCGAUUACGUAUCAAAUAAUCUAUAAGAAAUAAUAUAUUUCAGCUUUGCACCAAAAAUGCUGUUGACCAGUGUAAUCAGGAUGUGCGAAAGUUAACUGCAGGGAAUAAUAAAAAUAAUGAAUCCAGUGGCUUUAAAUUAAAAUUCCAAUGUCAAAAUAAGAAGAAACCAUUUGAAACAUUUAUGAAUCCUCAUGAGAAAUUAAGAGGACGAAUUGGAAUUUUUGGCGCCAAGGAUGUCAAUUUUUCUCAGUAAAUACAAAACGGAUCAAAAUACAACUUGGUUACCUGAAAGUUCAUGAUAUAAACCUUAUUUUGUUAGUUGUAGAAACAUGAUUAGGUAACUUUUAUAACAGAGAAAAAUAUAUCAAACAUACCUCUUUUUAAAAAGAGAUUCACAUAUUAUGGGCAAACGGGACCGAUUAAAGCCUCUUAACUUUUUUAGUAGUUGAGUAUAUACAUACUCUUUAAAAUUGUAGUAGGAUUUUUUAUCAAAUUAUCAUUUCUAAAUAAUAAAAUUACAAAACCAUUUUGUCGCUUACGACUUUUAGUUAUAAGCUAGCGCGCGUAUUGUUAUCCUCGCCCCGCUCAGACGCUCCGACCCCUUUUGGCGCCUUAGAUGCGCGUGCCGGUUAUGGAAUUAUUGUUGACCACUUCCUCGCCUUAAUGUUGGCUCUGAUAAAAUGUGCAGAGCAUUUAGAAACACCUUUAGAGAGACUUAAGUUUUAUUUCGAUGGAGAUUUAAUAUCAAGUAACAACAUAAACAUGAUUUGAUAAUGCAUAAUUAACACAAAUUACGCAGUCGCAGAUAGCCUACAAAGCCGUCAGCACAGCUGCGACAGCAAUGCCGGCGCCGAGGAAGCCCGCGCAGGCCUAGGAAACCUAUCUGUUAUAAGGAGAAGCCACUGAACACUGUAAUACGGAAUCUCGAGGUUCAAAAUGCCGAUCUAUUGUAUCCAUAAAGUAUACAAGUUCGAUAUACGUGACAUAGAAUGUUUGCCAAGACGAAGUAUUGUAUUGAAAUGAAGUGAAAAUAUUUAAAUGAAAAUAUUGGGAAUGUUCAUGAUCCUGAUGUACGGAAUAUCGAAAAUUUUGGGAAUCAUAGCAUACAUUCUAAGUCACGUAUAACGAACUUGGGUAGUUUAUGGAUCCAGUACAUCAGCAUGUUGAACUUGGAGAUUCCGUAGUACAGUCGCCACUGAACACUAAACUAAGAAGUGAUUAAUGCUGUUAUUCAAGCAAUUUAUAUCUUUAAUAUUACAAUUUAUAAUCUGUAGACAGGAGCUCUAACAUUGUGAAUUUCCUAAACUUGGCCUUGGGCUCGAUGGGUUUCUCCUUUACGUUCUGAAUGUUGGCAACUGUAGUACUUAUAGUGGAGCUAAAUAAACAGUACAUUUUGUUGCGAUUUACAACGAAACGGGUGAUAUUUAUUAGAAGAAAGUUAUGUUAUCUUUAAAUUGAUUUAGUCUAUAAAGCAUUUUGUUUUUGUUACCAGUUUUUGUAUCUUUAUACCAAUAGGUAUAUAAUAUAUUUUAUAUCAAUGUUACACUAAUAAUUUAAAUAAACUAAAUAAAUAAACUGCGUACACUAGACAACAAUAUUUUCAAGUACCUAAACUUGUACAACAUAGAUUUUAUACAAAGUACAUUUGACCAAACUCGUUUAGACAGACUUGAAGGUUGUGAUACGCAGAUUGUACUAAAAACAUCGUAAAAAUAAUAACGUGAAACGUCAGCUAAUAUAUUAAAAUACACUCUUUUGAAAAUAAAAGCGGGCACCUAUGCGAAAUCUUGGUUUUAAAACUGCAUUAUCAGUUUUCUGUAAAUCACAUCAAAAACUUUUCAAAACGUCCACGAACUUCCUACCAGGAAUUGGUCCAGAACAAGGUUUACCCCAUUUCUUAGCAAAUCUUCAAAAUUCAAAUUUAGAAUACACUCUCACGCAUACUUGACUAACCCUUUAGGUACUAGUAACAUACUACAGUCAUUAAAACCCUUUGAAAUACACGGCUUUACCUUUAAAACCAAGAUUUCGCACAGGUGCCCGCUUUCUUUGCAAAAGAGUUUAUAUUCUACUGAUUCUACAGAUAGUUUAAAAAAUUUUCUGGCCUAAGUGGAUAACCAAUUUAAAUAACAUCGUCCAUUUUUGUGUCCCAUGUUGACAGUAGACUAAUUAAAACUUCCCUUACAAUUCGGGAUGCGUCAAAACUAAAAAAAUGCUCAUGCUUCUUUUGCAUUUUUUCAGUAUUCGUUAUUUUUUCAAUUUCAGUAACGUGAUUGCAUGAUAGCCGAUGUAAGCAUUAAAGUUUUCAUGUGAAAUUGGUAGACCACAGAGAAAUAUUACAAUAUAUCUAUUUAUUUGAAUGUUUACUUCGAAGGUGCUAAUCGUUAAACUCUGAAGAGUUGCACAAAUGAUUUCUUGCUCCGUAUUCAUGAAUUUGUAAAACUUCGUACAGAUUAAUGGUUUGUAACACAUUACCAAAGAGGGUAUUUACAAAGAGGGUUCCGACUAUUAUAACAGUCUAUGUUAAGGAGAAGCAGUGUACAUUAAAACCUAUAACAGUUUUUAUUAGGGUCAAUUUAUACUAGCGCAUAAGCGAAGCGCAUCGAAGCGUCAAAUUCUUUACAACUAAAGCGAAGCCGCACGAUUGCGCGCGUAUUCGCUAGAAUACGCGUGACUCCAUCGUUAUCAACACCGACGCAGGCCAAUUUCCGAUUGAUGUCGCGCAGGCUCGCUAGUGUGCGCAUGGAUGCGCGAGAAUGCACGCGCAGCAGUCAGCGUUGUUGACGUAGACUCGCGAAUUCUGAAGAAUGCGCGGGACUUUUUUAAAUCUCAGAGGUAAUGUGUGCGUUACGCUGUGGUGUUAAGGUUGAAUUUGUUAUGUCCAGUUUUGAAAAGUCGCUUCGAUGCGCUUCGACUCUGUGCUAGUAUGAAUAGACCCUUAUUUUUUGGCAUUUUCAUUUAGUAAAUUCAAGUAAUUUUGAGAUUAAGCAGUAGUGGUACUUCUCGAUUUAAAUAUAUAUGUGUCGUAUAAUAAGUCGUGGUGGCCUAGUGGGUAAAGGACCAACCUCAAGUAUGAGGGCGCGGGGUCGAUCCCAGGUCAGGCAAGUACCAAUGCAACUUUUCUAAGUUUGUAUGUACUUUCUAAGUAUAUCUUAGACACCAUUGACUGUGUUUCGGAUGGCACGUUAAACUGUAGGUCCCGGCUGUCAGUGAACAUCCUUGGCAGUCGUUACGGGUAGUCAGAAGCCAGAAAGUCUGACACCAGUCUAACCAAGGGGUAUCGGGUUGCCCGGGUUACUGGGUUGAGGAGGUCAGAUAGGCAGUCGCUUCUUGUAAAGCACUGGUACUCAGCUAAAUCCGGUUAGACUGGAAGCCGACCCCAACGUGAUUGGGAAAAGGCUCGGAGGAGGAUGAUGAUGUGUCGUAUAAUAAAUAACAUUUUAACGUAUGGAUAUUGAUGUCGAAGUAAUUACAUGUUCUUUAAAAACCUGAGCCACGAAUGUUUCCAGUUGAACUACCUCUUCUAAAUCUAUUUUAUAAGGCUAAAUUGUGAUCGUAUUUGAAAUUUAGUAUUAGCAAUUACACGUUGUGUAGAAACACUGUUUGUAAAAUAAUCGUUAAUUCUAUAACUAAAUAAACUCGUUGUGGAAUA